AUGAAAAGCAUCCAGGAAUGGCUCAGCCGUAGGAAAAGCUCCUCGAGCAAGCCGGUCAAUUGCUCACCUGGAAUUGCCCCCAAAAAGAAGCGCGCAUCCUUCCUCGACUUGCCGUCCGAACUUCGAAAUCGCGUGUACGAAUCAGCCCUCCUCGUCCCCUACAUCAUAACAAAUUACCCUUCCCUCCCCAAGCACGCUUCAAACAAACCAACACUCCGUUCUCAAGACUGGGAAUACCACCUCUCCCUAACCACCUGCUUCGCCCUCAUGCGCGCCUGCAAAAAAAUCCACCGCGAAACUCUCCCCAUCUUCUACGGUAUCAACACAUUCUACCUCGAAUGCAUCUCCCUCGUGCAAGACCAACCUCUCCGCGGACCCGACUUCCGCGCGCAUGAAGUGCGAUGUGAAGACGACAAGCAGUGGCGGGUGCGAUGUCAUAUCCGCUGCAAGAAAGCGAGGGGUUUGAUCAGGAAAAUUGCGAUUCGAACGUGGGAUUGUGAGGACUUGGAGAGGAGGCAGAUGAGGGCGUUGAAUCUGGGGCAGAGAGUGAGAAGUGCAGGGUCGAGGGGAGGGUUGGGACGGUAUCCGAAAGGUUGGUUUCAGGAGGAUGUGGAAGAGGAGUGGAAGUAUCUCCAGAAUGUGGAGACGGUGUCGUUUUUCUUCGGCACGAAAGCGAGUCGAGCGUUGAAGGUGCCGUUGAUGGUUGAAGCGAAUUGGAGUUUGCAGGCGUUGAGGGGCGUGAUGGUUCCGAAGGAGAUGUAUUUACGGGUUGUGGACGCGUGGAAAUUGUAUCAGACUACCCUUGGGGCGAUUGGGUUGUUGAAGAGGGGGAUUCCGGGGUUGAAGAAUCAGAUGUUGUGGUGUACGGAAUUGCAGGCGGAGGUGGGAGGGACGCAGAUGGCGGGGAAGAGGAUUCAUGGGUUGUGUACUAACACGCCGAUGUUGAGGAAAUUGUUUCGGUUUUGUGAUGGGCUUGGGUUUGAGGAGAGUAGUUUGGCGGUUAUGAAGAUGCCGGGGAGAUGUUUGAGGUGUGGAUCGGAGUGGACGAAGGAGCAUUAUAGUCCGGUGACGCCGAUGAAGGUGUGUCCUGGGUUGGGUGUGACGGAGGAGGAUUUCGACCAGCAGGAGGAUGUCGUUUGGACGAGGCGGCUGGAGAGAGGGCAGACAUUGCUGCCUUUUGGGUCAGGCCCGCCGGAACCGAGAGCGGAGGCGGUGAAGGCGUUCGGCCACUAUAUUGAGAGGAGUGAGCACAAUUCGAGAGGGUACACGAUGUGGGUGCACAAUUGUCCGAAGGAUUUCAAUGCGGGCUUCACUCGGUUGAUGUAUCAUUGA